GUGAAGAGAUUCACUGGAAACUGGAAGCAGCCAACCUUAAAAUCUUAGUACUGUGAGGUGUGGAGUAAUUUUCUAAUUUUAAAAUAUUAUAGUAUGGAACCUUAUGAUUUGGUGGUCAAUCAACCUGUAGUCAUUGAUAAUGGUUCUGGUGUAAUUAAGGCUGGUUUUGCUGGAGACCAAAUACCUAAAUGUUGCUUUCCAAACUAUAUUGGCCGGCCGAAGCAUGUUCGGGUGAUGGCGGGUGCACUGGAGGGGGACUUAUUCGUUGGACCCAAGGCUGAGGAGCACCGGGGUCUGCUUAGUAUCCGUUACCCCAUGGAGCACGGAGUUGUCACGGAUUGGAAUGACAUGGAGAGGAUAUGGACCUACAUAUAUAGCAAUGACCAACUGCAGACAUUCUCUGAGGAGCAUCCUGUGCUGCUCACGGAGGCCCCCCUCAACCCCCGCCGCAACCGCGAGAAAGCGGCUGAGAUAUUCUUCGAAUCUUUCAACGUGCCUGCACUCUAUGUCUCUAUGCAGGCUGUCCUUAGUUUAUAUGCUACUGGCAGGACGACAGGGGUGGUGCUAGAUUCAGGUGAUGGAGUAACACACGCUGUGCCUAUAUAUGAAGGAUUUGCCAUGCCUCACAGCAUCAUGCGAGUAGAUAUCGCUGGCCGGGAUGUUUCUAAGUACUUGAGGUUGUUGCUCAGAAAAGAAGGAGUGAACUUCCGAACAACGGCAGAGUUUGAAAUAGUACGAACUAUCAAAGAAAAGGCGUGUUAUUUAUCAAGUAACCCUCAAAAAGAAGAGACAGCAGAGACUGAAAAGUAUCAGUACAUAUUACCGGAUGGAAGUACUUUAGAUAUAGGGCCAGCAAGGUUCCGGGCUCCUGAGGUUCUGUUUAGACCAGAUCUCAUCGGAGAGGAGUAUGAGGGCUUGCACGAGGUGUUGUUGUAUGCUAUCCAGAAGUCUGAUAUGGACCUACGGAAGGUGCUCUUCCAGAACAUUGUCUUGUCUGGUGGUUCAACGCUAUUCAAAGGGUUUGGAGACAAACUACUAUCAGAAGUACGAAGAUUAGCACCUAAAGACAUAAAAAUAAAGAUAUCAGCACCUCAGGAGCGGCUGUACUCGACGUGGAUCGGCGGCUCCAUCCUCGCAUCUCUCGACACAUUCAAACGGAUGUGGGUGUCCAAGCGUGAGUUUGAUGAGGAGGGUCGCCGUGCGAUACAUCGGAAGACCUUUUGAACUGUACUAUGAAGAGCUUAUUGAGGAAUCAAAGCCACAAACAAUCGCUUAUAUAAUAAACUUUAUUUAUUUUAAUUUUAUACACUUUGUUGAUCAUUAUUUAUACACAAGUUAAUAUUAAUAAAAUUUUAAGUAUACCAAUUGAGUAGGCUUGAAUAAAUUAUUAUUGUUUGAAACCAAAUACAGAUAGUUAUUAUGUAACGAUUUAGAUCAUUAUAAAGUGUUUGUUGAGACUGUUUUAAAUUGUUGUUUUGAUAAUUUUAUAUUUGUUUGGCUCAGCACAGAAAAGCAGGUUUUUUGUGGUGACUUUUAAAUUGUUGUUUUUUUUUAUUUUUCAGGAUGCUGUUCUCAGUUUCUAGGUUUAUUUCAUAUUUAACGGAAAUUAUACUGAAGACAAUUUAUCAAUGUUGUCAUGAAAGUUUAAAAUGCAUCUACAUAAUAAACAACCAAAGUGAAUGUGCUUGAUUUUGCUUGUUUUGCAAAACAUCAUUCCACUGCAUUUUCUGUGAGCCACUAGCUUUAGUUGUGCAUUUAGCUUGAAACUAAUUAUUUAGUUGUGGAUUGUUAUAAUUAUAUUUAAGUCACAUAAUCUGAUUUCUAACAGUCAGCUAAUUUAUUGCGCUGGUUCUAUACCAUUAAGUAGAAGCUGUAAUAUGAAUAGUCUUUUACUUGAUUUUAUUUCCAAUAUGUUAUUUAUGCUACUAUAUUCAACUAACAGUUUGUCACAUCAAAACUCGAAAUUGGAAACAAUGUUGUAUCAUAGGUGUUUUCCUGAUAUUUGAACAUAAUUAUGAAUCUCAGUGCUUAAAGAAACGUAGCAUUAAAAUUUUUAUUUUACUCGUGUUCAAUUUGUUUUACAUAAUUGAAUCCUAUCUAUUGUACUUAUUAUUUAUUUAAUUGAUAUAAAAUUUCUUAUAUUAUUGCUAACUUUUUUUGUAUAAUCUCUGGGUUUAGAAAUAAGAUUUGAAUAUUGGUAUGUAAUUGUUAAUCUGUACAAACAUUACAUUAAAAACAUAAAUCUGUAGACAGUAGAAAAAGUCUAAAAAUAAAUUUUACAAAUCUAAAUUUGCAUUUAAUUUUUAAGAAAUUUAUUAUGUUACUUCGGUAUUAGUAUGUUUUCUGAUUUUAAAAUGAUUUAAUAAUUUUUCUGCCUUUAUGGAACAUCAUCAAUUUAAUAUAACAAGUAAAAUUAAUUACAGUAAAACCUCUUAAAUUUGUCAUUUUCAUGGUAUAACAUAGUUUGAAUAUUUAGUUCUCUACAUUAGCAACUUAUGAUCCUUCCCAUAUCAAGAUCCCAUAAAGUUUUAAAAUAUAACAUGAUUAAUUGUUUCUCUAUUGCCCAACACUUAAUUUUUCAUAUAAAUUAUCAAUAAGGGGGAAUUCAUGUUAAGGUUUCAUCAAAAAUGAUGUCAAGAUAUGUUGUGAUUUGGGUUUGUGGUGAUUUUUGAUUGAUUUAACACUAGGAAACUUCUAGUAAAGUACUAUACUGCCAUAUUCAGGGCUAUGUUGGAUAAUAAUUCAAGUGUUUCAGAAUACUCCUGACAUUAUGAAAAAUUAUUGUCAGCAUACGUUAAUGAGUACUGUAGUCAUUGAAAUAGAUCAGAAUCUGCUAAUAAGAUAAAAUAUAUAAGAUAAAAAGCAUGGGGUCAAGGCUGAUCCCUGAGACAUGCCUCUUUUUAUGAUCUGCUCCUUGCAUCUUAUAAACUGAUCAACUCCUUUUUCUAAUAUCUUUUAUCUCAAUUCAAUUCUCUCCAGUUGAACAUUUUUGAACCAGUAUACACAGUGAUCGUUGUAUACAUAAUGAUAUGACUCUUUCAAGAUGAUUAUGGAUAAGAAGUCAACGAGUAAAAUACUGUGGUUCAAGAGAAUGGAUGUUUUUGUGUCACCUUCUUCAAGUUAGUCUAAUACCAUUACAACAGUGGUGUUGCAGACAGCUACCAGCUACAGAGUUGACUUGCACAUCAUAAACCAUGUUGCUUUUCAUUUAGUAUAUUAUUUAUUUUCAGCUGGUUCAUUCAUCUAAUCAAUACAAGCUUUUCUAUAACCUUGAUAAACGUUUGUAUAAGCGAUAUCAAUAUAGCGUAGGAUCAGCAAAAAGUGCAGUUGAGGGAGCCAAUGAAGACUAAUUGAUGUUGCCAAACUUGUUCUCUACUGUAACCACAAGCGGUGCAGGUGCAGAGUACUUAAAGUACUUAACUAUUACGCUUAAAAGAAAUGUUAGAGCAGGCUUAAAUUAAUUACUAUUUAUUAAAAAACUGAAUUUUAUGUUCAUUUAAAAAAGUGCAUCUCUGUAACUCUUUUACAUGUUGAGAUAAAUGGGUUAAAAGGAGUUAUUGCACUGCAUUAGCCUCUUACCAAGAACAUGAAUUAAAGAUUCUAGUAUUAAAUUAGACAUAGUAUAAAUUAACAAGAAAACAAAAAAUAACACAUAAACAUUAAUUUCCUGUACUUAAUAGUUAGAAAAUACAAGUAUUUUGAUACAUAAUUAGAAUAAUGGUAUUAAAUUAUCACAUAGUAGAAUUAUGUUAUUUUCAAUAAUAAUUCAAUUAGGUAAAAACGUUAAUAAAUACACCUGAGAACUACAUAACUGAGUUCUCAUAAAUUUAUAAACGUUUGAUUGUACCUUUAAUACCUGACUAUAUUUGACGUAAAAUUAUUUUCACAGUGAUUUAAAUAUUGCAACUGAUAAUUGAGAAUAUCAUAAAAGUUUUCUAUAGUAAGAAUCCACUUUAUUCUACAAUUGAAAAGUAACUGUUUUCUUUCAAAUAUGACAACACUUGUGUCAGCCCCCGCGUACCGUGCCGAGACGCAGACCUAGUAUGUGACACCGUCGCACAGCCCUGUUCAUUCUAUUGGUCGUCACCAACUGGAAUCUUUCGUGGUCCCUAAUGUAGUUAUUUCAUCAAUUUGCUCAUACGCUGAUUAGUAUCAGUAUAUAUUUUCUGAGUAGUGGUAAGAUGUUGUGUCAAACAGUAAUAAUUAAUAAUUAUUACUGGUAUUGGCUGAUAAUUAUUUUCCUAACUCGCAUGAUCUUUGCAUUAUAACAUGAUGGUUAAAGACAUAAGCUGUUGCACAGGUGUAAUGUGUAUUGAGGUAUAUAUAGUUGCUAUAGGUUUCUUGGACUAAAGUUAUUUUUAUUUUCAUUUACUUCUUGAAAAAACAGGUUCGACUUGUACUGUAAGAUAAGCUAUUUAUUAAUGACCUUCAUGUCAAACUGUGUGUGAGAAAUAUUUGUAUAGAGAGGUCAUUGAACUGUUUGAUGUGACUGAUGUUCUGGUCGGUGGAAAUGGUCUUGUGAUGUUAUAAUUUACUACACAUCUGAUGUUUAUAUUCAUGAUCAUGAAGAAAGACAGGUUCUUAACUUUGUCAUAUACAUUUGUUUGAAGUUUCAUUACAUUGUUGCAAAAUGUUCUCUCAUUUUAUCCUGUUUCUCUUACUUUGAACUUUGAUGACCCAUAGUACUCCAUUGUCAGCAGAAGAGUCAAUCGACAGAGAGGAGUCACUUGAUUGUCACGUUACCAAACUGAAACUGAAUUUACUUUGUAAGCAUGUCUUAUAUUGUAUACGGAAAAGAUUGUGCAAAAAAUUAAUUAAGCUAAUGGCAGUUAAAUGUGCUUUGGUAGAUAAAUAGUGAGAACAUCUGAGUCUUCUUCAAUUUGCCUUAUUGAGGCAUUAAUUCAUAUUCAUACUCACCACGUAUUUAGUUUUUGAAGCAAUUUUCUCUUUGUAUCCUGGUAGGCUUACUGAGUGAGAAAACCUAGAGGAAACUAAAUAGUAUGAAAGUUAUGUUAAGGCAGUGAUUUUUUAAUUAAAAGCAUUAUAUUAUGGACCCUUAAAGUGAUGGAAUAUGGAGGUUUUACUGUAUACAGAAUUCAUUAAUAAGGUAAAAUAAGAAUGUCAAUUCCUGACAUAAUGAUUAUUUAUCAGAAAAAUUGUGGAGAGUCCGGUGGCUCACGGAAAAUAUGCUCAUAAAAUCAGCGUUAUUUUAUUUAAUCUUUGUCAUUACUCAACUGUACUGCUUGUUCUUUCACAAUUUUACAUUGCAUUGCAAAAUAAAUUCACAAGUCAUUUGAUGGCAACUGGAUGUAUCCUAGACCUGAGACACUCAAAACACUUCUAGUCAUUUUAUAAAAAGCUCUGUAAGUGUUUUUCCUUGUCUUGCAAGUGUUGGUUUAUCAGAGUAAUGGAUACAUUGUGAAUCUUUUUAAUAACGUUAUAUUUCAAGGACUAGAUUCUGGUAUCGUGGGUCAGUUAAAGUUCGACACACAUAUUUCAUAUCACAAAAAAUAUAAUGCAAACUGUUCUUUGUACACAUUCUCCCAUAUAGCAUUUGCAGGUUAUAAUCAGCGUUGUUGCAUAAAGAACACAAUGCCAACAACUAUCCAGGUGACAUUUUCAUCUCUCUCCCUGGGAUUUGGUUCUAGCUGCAAAUAACAAACAGACAAUAUUAUUACCUGGAUUUCUUUGUCAGCUUCAAUCAUAACUUAGUUCAUUUUGUUAAGAACUGGCAGGUUUUUUUAUAAAAUGACAGAUACUGAUUUUGAUAGUUCUGUACUAAAACAAUCAUUAGAAAUUUUCCCGCUGUAUCAAAAUGUUGUUAAUUGUUUAUUAUUUUGUUUUAUUUUUGUGAUUUGAUUAACAAUUCCUCUCCCUCCUGAUUAUGCUAGUUUCUAGUAAUAGUGCAGUUUCCUCAACUUCUUGUCCUAGUGAACAAAAAGAAAGGUUUUUUUCUGGGAACUGCAUGCUCCAUUGUUAAAACAGCAUAAACAAGCCUAAAGCUAUAGAUUCUUAUUUCAACUAGAUAAAGACAAUCCUGGGGAUAAUAAAUAAAAAUAAUAAAGAAAGUAUAGGAAGAUUUUUUUAAAUAGAAAUCAAUGGUGUAUACAUGAAAACUGCAAACCUGGGUAGAAUUCUCUAUAUAAAAAAAAAAAAAAAACAGAUCCUUUGUUUGAAGUUUAUUUUUAACGAUGGAAGGAUUGUGAAACAGUGUUGCUGAUUUUUUUGUUUCACUGAUCGUUGGCAAAUAUCCGGAAAAAUCCUGUUUCCUUCACAAAGAAAAGAAAAAUGAAAGAAAUGAAACUGGAUAUUAGAACCUAAAACAUAAUUGAAGUAAAAAAAAUUACCCCUAUCUACAGUCAAGUAAGGGUACACAUUAAAGGAAGUUGGUUUUUGAGUAACAUAUAUUUUUACUGUAUACGAAGAAAUAUGAUUGAUCAUGGAAAAUACAAUAAAAAUUCAAUUAAAUUAUUUCUUGUAAUUGCAUUAUUACUCUUUACAAUGACUAGUUGUUUAACAGCAAAUAAGAUGCUGAAUGAAGUUUUACUAGAAACACAAAAUGUGUGAUUUUAGUUACAUCUCAUAAAUACAGAUUGUUCAAUGUUAGAAUGACAUAGGUUUGAGAAUUCUUUGCAUAAUGUAUCAGGGGUGGUGCUCUUAGAGGUGCCCGCACACACACAGUAGUCUGUAAGACAGAUGAGUAAUGACAAAGUUUAGGGUUUAGUUUUAUUUGGAAUGUUGUAUACUGGUUUAGUUGAUCAACAUCCAAGCUCAUAUGAUAAAAUUAACUAUUAUUUUAAACUAAGCUUAUAAAUAAUAAAUUAAACUUAACAGCUUGGGUUAGGGAGGCAGCUACGUUGAACCAUGCAACAUAACUAAAAAUAAUGUUAUUUGUAGCUCUAAUAUAUUUUUAAUUUUUCUGCACAAACUUUUGUUUUCACCAUUCAUAGAAAAUAUGAUUUUUUUUAUUGUAAUCAGUAAUUAAAAUUUAAUACUUUUGAUAUUUAAACUGUGAUAGUGGAGUAUCAGAACUACAUUUUUCUCUUUACAGCUAACAAUGGCAUUAAGUGAAUUAGUAGUUUUAUUAUAUUUUAACCCUAGAACUAUGCUCGAGUUGUAAGGGGAAUUUAAAAUAUAAAUAAAGUAACAUUAUUAGGUUCUAUAAGAAAGAAGAAGUAUUGUGCUUUAUUGUAUAUUCAAAUAAUAAAAUAAUAAUCGUUUACAAUUUAAUAUGCAUAUCCAUGUCAUUUACAAUAUUUUUAUGAAAACAAGUACAAACGAAAUAACGAAAAACUUUUUCAAGCUUCACAAAAGACAUUAGCCAUAUAGACUGUCUGUCCGUUUUGACACUCUCAUUAUAUUAAUCUUAAAAAUGUGUGCUCCAUAAACUAACUUCAUUAAAUUCACUCACUAUUUAAUGUGUUAUAACCAUUGCACACUUAUGUCCAUCAUAUUAAGUAAUUUGUUUAUUAAACUAGUAAAACGUAUCUUGUUCUUUUGUAAAAUAAAAGCAUUUUGAUAACAUUCAAUUAAUCAAUAAUUUAUUAUAUUCUAACUUAUUUUAUUAAUAUGACAAUCAUUUGAGUAAUUAAAUAUUGAACUAAUAAAGAAAUAAAUGUUGCUUAACUUGCUCAAGCUCAGAUUUUAGGACAUCUAAUUACUAAUAAUACUAAUCUGUUAGUACAGCAUAUGUAUGUUAAUAACUUUUUAAUUUAAAUAUUUUGUUUGAUAUUAAAUUAAAAUUAUUCUAUGCUUAGUAAAAUACCAAUAUGAAACAAAAUGUAUAAAAGUUUUUUCAAUCACUUGAAAAGUUAUUAUUUUCUGAAUCACGGUAUUUGAACUGGGCUUACAAAAGUGUCUGAAAAAAUAUUUUGCUUUUUUUAUAGUUCUCAAGUGAAUUAGUUAUCCAAAGUCCUUUUAUUUUCAAACCAUGACUUUUAUUACUUAUAAUUUUUACUAUGUUUAGUAUUCAAAAUGAUAAUAAUUUUGGGAAUACUGACACUUCUUGUAAAAUGUAUUUCAAGCAUAAGGUUGCCAAUAUUAUCCAAAACAAAUGAAUUAAUUUUUUUAAAUAUACUAUUUCUCUGUUUAGAGCUGCAGUGAAGUUGUUAAAAAUAUAGCCUAUUUUUUAAUUACUCAAGACUAAUUAUUGAGCUGAAAACAAAUUAAUACAAGAAUCUUUUUAUAAGUUUUGGAAUUACAACCUAAAAUAAAUAACUGCAUGGAUUUUACUAAAUUAUAGACAAGUUUCUUCUCAAUUGUAAACCAGUUUUAUAUACAAUGUAUCAGUUAUAAUUUAAACCAAAUAUACUUCUUCUUCCUCUUAAUAGAUCUAGGGGAUUCCUCCUUCAAAAAUAUUCUCGUGUCGUGUAGGGUAUACUCCACAGACCAGUAAUUCCGUAGGUAUUAAUUUUUAAGUACAUACGUUAAUUGCUUUAAGUUUUGUUAAACUCGUGCAUCGUCUUUUAGUUAUAAGAAAAGAUUGAUUUUUAUCACAUAUACGCCUAUUAUGUGUAUAUUUUUUUCGUAAUGGUUGUAUAUACAAAUAACUAUAAUCAAGUUUAGAACUGUGCAUUUUGUAUGAAAUAAAAUCAGAUUAUUUAUUA